AUGGAGGAAGGCAACGCCUCCCCAGCCGCCCCCUGGGCUGUGCAUGAGAUGGAGGCCUGUGAGCUUCCGGCCAAGACCAGGAGCCUGCCGGCCUCCCCCUACGAAGACUUUCACAAGGACACUGAGGCGGUCAUCUGUCCUCCUGAACUGAUUUUAGACCUGAGUAACAGCGGUCUGAGUCAUGUUGGAGAGGCCUUCAAAGUCCCCAACCUUCAACAACUGUACCUGCAGAGGAACGCCUUGUGCACCAUCCCUGGAGACUUCUUCCAGCGGCUGCCCAGCCUGACCUGGCUUGACCUUCGCUUUAACAAGAUUAGAGCGCUUCCCGUUGGGAUUGGAUCUCAUAAGCAUUUGAAAACUUUGCUUUUAGAAAAAAAUCCUAUCAAAACGUUACCUGUGGAACUGGGGAGUGUGUCCACACUGAAAUCGCUGAACUUGAGACACUGCCCUCUGGAAUUCCCUCCUCAGCUGAUUGUGCAGAAGGGCUUGCUAGCCAUCCUGACCUUCCUACGGAUGUGUGCGGUGGAUCGCAGCUCUAAAGAUGCAGCUCCUCCAGAGGCCGCACCGGUUAAGAAGACAGGCCUCAGUGAGCUCCCAGCCCUCGGAGUGGCCCCACCCCAGGACCCCGCGUCUGCCAAACAAGCCGUCAGUCUGCCCGAGGCCGUGCAGAAGGAGAAGGAUAGCUUCCUCCCACCUGUUGACAGGCAGGACCAGGACCGAGUGUCCCUACACUCCUUAGAACACUGGCCAAGCAAGGAGGAGAUCCGGCGCUUCUGGAAGCUGAGGCAGGAGAUUGUGGAGAACGGAAAAGCCAAUCUUGCUGGGAGCCAGCUCCUGCCAGUCGAGCUGCCUCCCAACAUCCAGGCGACUCUGAAGACCAAGGAGAGGGACUACCCACCGCCCAGGGAUGUGCUCAGGAGGAAGACUGCCCCCUUCAAGAGCAUCUUCCCGGCCCUCACAUCACAUUACCAAGCGGCCAUGGGAGGGAGAAGACUGGAGGAGAGCCGCGUGUUCAGGGAGGUCCAGGAAAAGCAGACCCUGGCGGAGCAGCGGAGAAGGGAUAGAAGGACCCUGCAGGAGUGGAGAGAGCAGGCCCAAAUGAAGAGGAGGAAGAAGCAGCCCAGCGUUCUCUUGCCUCUGCAGAGGAACCUGGUGGCAUCCAAGAUCUCAUUGAGCACAAACCUCGCAAAUCAGGGGCAAGUUCCAGCUAACCCACUUGAGAGGACGAAACACAGGAAGGAGAAACCCAUGCAAGAGAGCACAGACACUAAUGCCGCUCGGCUGGCGGAUCUGGAAGAGAGGAUUCGGCAGCACAUAAAGCAGCUGCAGGCACACAGGAGGCUACAAGGCACCGACCUGCUGCAGGAGGUGAGGACGGCCGUCCAGGACCUGGAGACCGCCAAGAAGCUGCAGGAGGAAGUGAUGAAACUGAAGCAGGAGUCGACCUUGAACAAAGGGCACUAG